AAUUCCACCGUGUUGCCCUCGGCCACCUACUGGGGCCAGUAUGAGGAAAUCACCAAAUUCAACACCGAUUUGAACAUCGCCGAAAGAUUGUGGGCUGCUUGGUAUGCCUGGAUGCAGAAUGAUGUUCUCGCCACCGGCAUCAUGUCUUUCAUGAUGCACGAGCUGGUUUACUUCGGUCGCUCCCUUCCCUGGAUCUUCAUUGAUACCCUGGGCUUUUUCAAGAGUUAUAAGAUUCAGAACAACAAGAUCCCCUCAUUGAAAGAACAGUGGGAUUGCGCCAAAUUCGUGCUCCUCAGUCACUUCACUGUUGAGCUCCCUCAGAUUUGGCUCUUCCACCCAAUGGCCCAAUUCUGCGGUCUCUCGACAUCCAUCCCCUUCCCUUCCCUCUGGACUAUGGCCUACCAAAUCGCCAUUUUUUUCGUGAUGGAGGAUACCUGGCACUACUUCUCCCACCGCGCUCUUCACUGGGGUCCGCUCUACAAGGCUAUUCACAAAAUCCACCACCAGUACUCCGCUCCCUUUGGCCUAGCUGCUGAAUACGCGUCUCCGAUCGAAGUCAUGAUUCUGGGUUUCGGUACUGUCGGCUGCCCGAUCCUCUGGUGCGCUUUCACUGGUGACCUGCACAUUCUCACCAUGUACAUUUGGAUCGUGCUGCGUCUGUUCCAGGCCAUCGAUGCUCACAGUGGUUACGAAUUCCCCUGGAGUCUUCACCACUUCCUCCCCUUCUGGGCCGGUGCCGACCACCACGAUCUUCACCACGAAAAGUUCAUCGGAAACUACUCCAGCAGCUUCCGCUGGUGGGACUACCUUCUCAACACCGAGUACACCCCAGAUGCUCUCAAGCGCCGCAGAGAAGGGAAGGCCGGAGCCAAGAAGGCUCAAUGA